AUGCGAAAGACCGUUGGCCCUACAGGGAAGGACUGGAGCUUAAAGCUGGAAGAUGCCUUAUGGGCAUAUCGCACUGCAUACAAAACUCCAUUCGGGAUGUCACCAUAUAGAAUGGUGUAUGGCAAGAGAUGUCAUUUACCGGUGGAAUUGGAGCACAAGGCUUUCUGGGCAAUCAAUAAAGUGAACUAUGACUGGAACAAGCCAGGGCAAGCAAGAAGGCUAGAGAUCCAAGAGCUAGAAGAAAUCAGAAGAGAAGCAUACGACAAUGCUGUUCUCUACAAGGAAAGAAUGAAGAAAAGCCACGAUGCCUUGAUCACAAACAAGUAG